UUUGUUGUUUGUCCUCCUUUGCUUAUAGAGAAACGACAAAAGGAAAGAAGGAAAAAGAAAAAUAUGGGGAACUACCAAGUACCAACCACUUGGUGGUUUUGAGAGGCGCCAAAUGAAGGCAAGAUCUUCUUCGUGUACGGUUUUUUCUCUUUGCACUUCCCACACUAAAAUACUAAAAUCACCGUCCAAGUACUUAAUUCAUCGAAACUAGUAGCCUUAGAUUCUCUUAUAUUUACCUUAAUCGCUACACCUUAAUCCCAUAUGAAAGAUCAUCCAAUCAAUUUCCUUUGUUCCAUCGUGGACUAAUUUAAUACUACAUAUUAUUCAUCUUCCUCGUUGACAGUUUUGAGUUCACAUUCUUAAUCUCCCAGAAGAAGGGGAACCAAAAAAAAAAACAAAAAAAACCAGUGUGUUGAUUCUGUGGAGUUGUGUGGCUUAUCAUUGGAAGAUUCAGAUAAACUUUUUAAAGAAAUUUCCAACUGUAUCUUCAUGAUGUGGAAAUGUUGGUUUCAGCCCUUUUAACGUCUGUGCUUAUUAACUCUGGCCUUUGUGUUCUGUUGUGGGCACUAUAUUCUAGUCUGAGGAAACGACCUGACAAUUAUCGUGUUUAUGCUCCCCGAUUGCUUGCUGAGUGCAACUCUCGAGCUAUUGACACUUUCCGCUUAGAGAGGCUGCUCUCUACUCCAAGUUGGGUGGCACGUGCUUGGCAGACUUCAGAAGAAGAAUUACUCUCUUCUGCAGGGUUGGAUGCUGUUGUUUUUCGACGCCUUAUUACAUUCAGCUUGAGAGUGAUUACUGUUGCUGGAGUUAUUGGGGUGUUUAUUCUACUUCCGGUGAACUUCUCGGGGGAUCAACUUCAUGAUGUCGAUUUUGCUAACUUAACCAGUAAUUCCUUGGAUAUCUUUACCAUUUCCAAUGUCAAGGACGGCUCAAAUAGGUGAACAUGAUGCCUCAUUCCCUUGGUAUAUUUGUUCUUUCAUGUUGAGUUGCUUUGGAGUCUGGAAAUGCUUUUGUGACAGGCUAUGGGUACACUUCGGGGCUGUAUAUGUCGUCACCAUCUUUACUUGUUUCCUUCUUUACAAUGAGUUCAAAUAUGUUUCUUCCAAAAGAAUUUCCUACUUUCUCACUUCAAAACCUCAGCCGGGUCAAUUCACCAUUUUGGUCCGCAGCGUGCCAGUUUCUCGGUGUGGUAGUGUCAGUGACAGUGUUGAGAGAUUUUUCAGGGAAUACCAUCCCAACACAUAUCUAUCUCACGUGGUUAUUAGAAGAACAAGUAAAGUUCGACAUCUCGUUAACGAUGGAAAAAGAAUGUACAGAAGGCUCAUCGACCUACGAAAAGAAAGAUGUGCAGUGAAGUCCCAGCAUGGUGGUCUUUGUGGCUUAUUUAGGCGGCAGAGUGAUAUUGUUAAUGACUAUGAAAGGAAACUAGAAGAAUUGGAGGAGAAUGUAAGGUUGGGGCAGUCAGAAGCUUCACUAGCUGGGGAAGAAGUUCGAGCGGCUUUUGUGUCUUUCAAAACUCGGUAUGGAGCAACAAUAGCUAUUCGCAUGCAACAAGUGGAUGAUCCUACCCAUUGGGUUACCGAGGCUGCUCCUGAGCCACAUGAUGUUUACUGGCCUUUCUUCUCUGAAUCGUUCAUUCGGCGAUGGGUGUCUCAACUCGUUGUCCUUGUUGCAUAUAUCAGUAUCACUCUUUUGUUCCUUAUUCCUGUGGUAAUAGUACAAGGUCUCACCAAUUUGUCUCAGCUACAAGCCUGGUUACCGCCGCUCAAGGAUUUCCUUAAAGAGCCCUUUGUCCAUCAAGUGAUUACAGGAUACCUUCCAAGUCUUAUUCUCCUGUUUUUCCUUUGGUUGAUUCCCCAUAUUAUGAAGUUCUUAUCCUCUGCUCAAGGAUAUAUCUCGCAUAGUGAGAUAAUUAGAAGUGCCUGCAACAAGUUUCUGUGGUUUACCAUUUGGAAUGUCUACUUUGGUAAUGUUCUGUCAGGAUCGGUCUUCAAUCAAAUAUAUACCUUCCUGGAGCCUGCGAAUGUUCCUUCUCGACUUGCUGUUGCAGUUCCUGCUCAGGCAUCGUUUUUCAUCGCUUAUGUGGUCACAUCAGGAUGGACGAGUACUUCUAUAGAGCUCUUCCAGCUGUUUCCUCUGUUUUUGAGGAUUGUAACAAAACCUUUUAAGAAUGCUGCUGGUGUAAUUAAAGUUCCAGCAUUUCGUUAUCAUGCGAUCAUUCCAAGGGUUCUCUUUUUCGGACUUCUUGGCAUAACGUACUUCUUCCUGGCCCCCUUGAUCCUGCCAUUUCUCUUUGUUUACUUCUGUCUUGGAUACAUAAUAUAUACAAACCAGUUCAUUAAUGUGUAUUCACCAAAAUAUGAUACGGCUGGAAAGUUUUGGCCUAUUGUCCACAAUUCAAUGAUAUUCUCUCUCCUGUUGAUGCAUGCAAUUGCAGUGGGAAUCUUCACUCUGAAGAAGAUUUCUCUAGCAUCGAGCCUAUUGUUCCCUCUUCCGAUUGUUACACUGAUCUUCAAUUCCUACUGCCGGAAACGUUUUCUACCCAACUUCAACGCGUAUUCUGCUGAGACCUUGAUAGAGAAGGACAGAAAGGAUCUCAACAAUGCUAGCACUGCUGAAUUUUUCAAUAAAUUAAGUAGUGCCUACCAAGAUCCAGCCUUGUUACCGGUGCGGUAUUCUGCAGCUCCUGAUGAAGAAACUGCUCCUCUUUUAUCCAGUACUGAAACUGAGGGUGAUGGGAUUUCAUAGAAUCCAUAAUGGUCCUGCAUUUUUGCUGGAUCUGUUUGGUUAGAAUAUCAGUUUUUCGCCCCGUUGGCAUAUGAACGAAAAAUUGGUUAGGUUGCGGAAUUGUGACACUUGUUUAUAGUCAACUUCUGCUGUCAUAUUAUUGCUUCAGUUGUACACAGGUAUAUAACAAUGUAAGUUUGUAAAUUUGAUAUGAUAGUCCAUGAAGUACAGGACUACUUCUUUCUUCUGAAGCAUAUUCCCGUUCUAUUAGUCCAGAUCAUACAGGGUUUUACUAAACCAACAAAACUUGCCCUGGCAAAUCUUAAAUCUGCUCAUCUGGAAUCUGUGUCAGCAGCACUGAUGUAGCAAUUGUGACUUGCGACCAAGUUUCACAUCCUUGGCGUCUGAAUGUAAUGUUGAAUUCUUAAUAAAAGUUGGAUUUUGUUUUUCAGGAUUCUCAAAGACACCUUCAACUGUCAAAUCCGAAUUGUGGAUCUUGAGUUACGGCAUCCGCAAGAUGGCUGAUUCUCUGUUGAAUUUCUGCACUUUUUUUUUUUAAUUUUUUUUUUCCUGGACAAGUAUCUGACUUUUGGUUUCGUAUUUGGCUAUCGAAUUGGAUUUGUUUUCUAAGGGUAAGUUGUAGACCAUACUUCAAUGUUCAAUCUGCAAAGAUGAAUUUUAGGCAUCCAAAUUCAAGUCUUGUAACUGAAGCUAAUAUGUUUGUUUCGGUUUUUUAGCGUGUGUUUUUAGGUGUUUUUUAUAUUGGAAAUGUAAAAAAGUGUAUUCGAAAUGUAAAAAGGUUAUGCUGAGAUGUGACA